AUCCUUUCUCCCCCCCACCCCCCUCCCCCCGCUCGUCACUGCCAUGUGAGGUGCACCUUGCAGGCGCUGGGUUGUACGCCAUCCGUGUGUGCGAGCGCGAGAAGCUAGUGCGGGUGUCGAGAGGCCGACGUCCUGGGCGGGCCGGCGGGCGGUCGCUUGGGGUUGCGGCGAGGGUGGCGUGUGGCGUUUGUGUUUGGGUCGCGGAAGGAGCGCAUCGGUGUUUUUGUGGAGGUGGGCAGUUCGGGUGUGCGUGCGCAGUGAGGCAGAGGAGCACAGGAUAGUGCUAGUGGUGGAGUUUUUAUUGGUUGUAAGGCCGGUUGGGAAGGGUUGCGAGGAGCGGUCCGUGUGAAGCGUGUUGCGGUGGCAGGGGUGUGCUGUUCAUGGUGGUAGAGGCGGGAAGCGGGGCCUGCUUAUGUGGUGAAGGCCGCAGCGCACCGAGGUGCCGUGUGUCUGCCCCAGAGGUAUGUACAAGAACCAGCUUCAAGAGCUUGCUCAGAGGAGCUGCUUCAAUCUGCCUGCGUAUGCAUGCAUCAGAGAGGGCCCGGACCAUGCACCGCGGUUCAAGGCGACGGUGAACUUCAAUGGGGAGGUGUUCGAAAGCCCUAAUUACUGCAACACGUUGCGGCAGGCGGAGCACGCCGCAGCGGAGGUGGCUCUGAACACGCUAUCGCGGCGAGGGCCGUCUCAGUCGUUGGCAGCACGGAUCCUUGACGAGACGGGCGUGUGCAAGAACCUGCUGCAGGAGACUGCCCAAAGGGCGGGGGUGUCGCUCCCGGUGUACGCGACGACUCGAUCGGGUCCGGGGCAUCUACCAGUGUUCACAUGCACAGUGGAGGUGGCUAGCAUGACUUUUAGCGGGGAAGCUGCGAAGACGAAGAAGCAGGCGGAGAAGAAUGCAGCGAUGGCUGCAUGGUCUGCACUGAAGCAAUUUGCGAAUCCAGGGAGAGGCGUAGCGGCGGUGGCAACGGAUACCGAGGUGAGCGAGGAGCAGGAGCAGAACACGAUCGCGAGAGCGUUGGCGCAGCAUUACGGGAAAGAGGCGCAGCAGAUGCCGCAGGUGUGCUCUGGUGCGUCGGGGGGCGUGAUGCCGAUCAGGGUGAGGUGUUUGAGCAGUAGGGAGGGGUUGCAGCCCGGGUCGCCGCGGCUGAGCCAGGGCCACUCGGGGGCUUGGGUGGGCGAGCUGUCGAUGGAGCAGCAGCAGCGGCACAUGCGGAAUCAGGGGCAUGCGGGGGUGGGGGCCGUGGGCGGUGGCGGGUACCGUGGCGUGGGGCCGUCGCGAGUAGGUCCGUCGGUGAUUAUCCGGGACGUUGCAGGGCAGCGGGACAGUGCGGGGGCCCGGGACGCGGCGGCGAUGCGGGAUGCGGCGAUGGCGAAGAGAGCGGUGGAGAGGGCGAUGGGGGGCGGUUUUGUGGGGCGACACAGUCCCGUGAACGUCCGGCCGGUGGCGGCGAUGCGGAGGGAGAGGCACGAGGUGGCAGUGCCUUACGACGACCAUCGGCGGGACGAGGACGAGUGGCUGUGCGGGGACAGUUCGAAGGCUAGCAGGGACGGCGAGCUGCGGGGCGAUUCCGUGGAGAAGGAGCACGGAGCGUGCGGGGUGCAGGGGUCGUACAAUCCCAUGUCUUGGUCAGGGACUGGGGCGAGCAGUUGGUGGAGCAGCAUGCAGGCGGUGACGAUGGCGAGGGUGGGGAGCAGGGCGGCGAUGCCCGUAGUGCUGCGGUCGGCUGUGAUGGCGCGCGCGGCCCCGCUGCGUCCUGUGGUAGCAGAGGAUGCAGAGAACGAGGGCGAAGCUGCGACACGGCAGGUGCUGAGCCUGUGAGCCUUGUGAGGGUGCGAAGGAGGGCGGUUAGGAGGUGGGCAGCGGAUGCGGAUGCGGAGUAGAGGUGCGGGCGUAGGGGGAGGGAAGUGAGGUGACGUGCCAUCUCCCUGGAUGGAUGGUUCAUGCGCGGCGGCGGUGGAUAUCGCAUCCUUUGAGAUGGGAUGGACUGUAGACAUGGAUACAUAUUUUUAUAUAGGUAGGGGACAUAUAUAGGUAGAUAGAUGGAUAUGGAGACGCACACAUAUAUGAGAACUUAUGAAAUGGAUGAUGUGUGCUUCUUUUCUUUC